AGUGGUGUUCGCGGCCAAGGUGCUGACGGGCCAGGUCCGAGAGGUGAGCGACGUGAGGGAGUAUGAGGAGGCGGGAGACGGCGCCGGGGCCCUGGCCUCUGGGAGAGAGGGCAGCCCCCUGCCGCCCCCCAAGCCCUGGAAAGAAGAGAAGCCUUUGAGGAACGGGCUGGUGAAAGACAAGCGCUUCUAGGGGGCUGCAGACCCCUGGGGCCCGCUCCGUCCAGUGCCCGUCUAGUGCCCCUCCCCCGCCCCGCCCGCCCCGCCCCUCCCCACUGGCCCGCCCGCGCUCCCUGCCUGGGGAUGGACGCGGACUCUCGAAGGGGAGGGGAGACCCUCCCCCUUAACCCCACCCGCGGGAAUUCGCUAGGCCGCAUCCGCCGGCCCGCACAGAGGGCAGGAAGGUUCCCCGGAGUGGAGAACUGGGAUCCGAGAGACGGCGACCCCCGUCCCCCGCCCCCUCAUCCUUCUGGGCACGGAAGGGCUCCGGAUGGGGAGGGGGAGGCGCUCUCACACCUCCCUGGCCAAUGGCGGGGUGAGCCCCUCCCGCCGCCCCCCGCCCCGUGCCCUCGCGCCCCAGGGGUGCCCUGAACUAUAAGUGGGCCCGGAGCAGGGGCUCGGCCAGCGGCAGACUUCCCUCGGGUGGCUGGAGCCAAGGAAGAUGUGGUCCCUGCAGCGGCAGCGGCAGCUGCUUCUUGUCCCUCUGACCUGGCUCCUACUCCUGCUCCUGCCCCUGCCCCUGCCCCUACCCCAGCCCUCUUUGGCCCAGCCCCAGCCCGGCACCCUCUCCCCCCAAGGCAAUGCUCUGCUCCAGGCCCUGGGGCUGCGGCCGCCCUCGGGGCCCCCUCCCACCCGUCCCGUCCCCCCAGUCAUGUGGCGGCUUUUCCGAAGGGGCCCCCAGGCCGCAGAGAGCCACGGGGCCAGGGGCGAAGGACCAGAAAUGGCCCAGGAGCCCGAGCCCCUGCCCUGCCACGUGAAGGAGCUGGGCGUCCCCGGGAACAUCGUUCGGCACGUCCUCGAUGGCGGAGCCGCUGCCUCACCAGAGCCAGCCCUGGGCGCCCUGUGCCUGGAGAAGCCCCUUUUCUUCAAUCUCUCCUUCCUAGAGCCUCGGGAGCAGCUGACGCUGGUCCGCCUGGAACUGAACUUCGGUGCCCCCGGAGCUCUUUCCCCUGGCCAAGGCUGGGAGCUGAGCGUGUUCCCCGGCCACGGCUCGCGGCUGUGGGGGCAGCCCCUGCUGAGCCACUCAGUGGCCACGCUGCAGGAGCCCCUCCACUUUGACCUGCUGGGCUUGGGCCCCCCGGGGAAUGCCAGCUUCCCCCAGAACCUGAGCUUGGUGCUCGAGAUCUUGCCUGGUGGGAAGGGCAGCGGCCUGCCUCGAGGCUUGUGUGCCGAGCUGGGCCGUUCUCUGGAGGCGUCCCUACUGGUGGUGACCCUGGACCCCCAGCUCUGCCGGCACCCCGUCAGGAAGCGCCGGGCCACCCACCUGGCCCCUCUCGAAGGCCUGGACCCUCCCUGCAAGGCCAGGCAGCUCUACAUCAACUUCCGGGAUGUGGGCUGGCACAACUGGAUCAUCGCCCCGAGAGGCUUCAUGGCCAACUACUGCCAAGGGCACUGCUUCUUCCCCACCGCCACCAAGAUCUCCAGCUUCAACCACGCCGUCAUGCAGUCCCUGAUGCACUCGGUGGCCCCGACCACGACGCCCCCGCCGUGCUGCGUCCCCGUCAAACUCUCGCCCAUCUCCGUGCUCUUCUACGACAACAGCGACAACGUGGUCCUCCGCCACUACGAGGACAUGGUGGUGGAUGAGUGCGGCUGCCGCUGAGCAGAGCCGGUCCUUCCUGCCCCCGUGUGUACCCCGCCCGCCCCGGAAACCCGACUAAUAAAACUGCUGGGUUGGUUUGCCUUUG